AUGUGGCCCGCUAUUGACUCUCUUGGAUUUAAAAUGGAUUGGAAAUUCGCCCAGCGUCAUGUAUUACGACUUGCCGCUGCCACGGCUGCCCUCCUUUUGGUGGCGUUCCUCUACAUUAAUUUCAAUGUGGGAUCAUCAACAAUGGGGGAGGCUAUCCGGGUAAAUAACAAAACGCAGUCCUGUAUAGACUUCGACCCUGCAACUGUAUCCGAGAAGCUGCAUUCGACCAUAAGGCUGAAGCAACACACCUACAAUAACGCGGAGAUUUCCGAGUUUGUGUGCAGUAUUUUGAACCAUGAUAUGAAUCUCACCGCCAAGCUUGACUGCUCCGUGUCCAUUGACUCCCGAUAUGAACAUCUGCGGCCCUCACCAUCCGGGAGCCCCCGGAUUCAAUACUACUUCGCAUUGGAUCUCUACCAAGCUGUGCACAUCAUUCUCCCACUUAUGGGCGCCAUAAUGGAGGCAAUACGCUAUCUGGGACCCGAGUACUGUGCGCUCUCUAUCGUGGAAGGCCGAUCAACGGACGGUACAUACGCUAUUCUUGCCGGUCUAAAGACUGAGCUCGCCGCCAUGGGUGUGCCCUACUUCCUUGUCCGAGACUACCUGGACCCCAAAGCUGGAGGCGAAAAUCGCAUCACGGCAUUAUCGCAUCUCCGCAACCUCGCUCUUGAACCGUUACUGGAAGAGAGCAAGAGCAAACAUAGCCGGCUUGCCUCCAAGCCCACGAUUAUUUUCGUGAAUGAUAUCGUGAUCUGCCCCGAAGAUAUCCUGGAAUUAAUACACCAGCGCGUGAUACAGUCCGCAUCAAUGACCUGCGCUUUUGACUGGAACAAAAACGCCGGCAAUUUCUACGACUCCUGGGUUUCGCGCUCGAUGUCGGGCAAUCUGUUCUUCGAAGUAACUCACGAUGGCAGGCACUGGCUCGGUGACGACAUGUUUUUUGACCAUCCUGACAGUGCAGCCCGAUGGGAUCAAACUCUUCCGAUACAGGUUUAUUCCUGCUGGGGUGGAAUGGUCACUCUCGACGCGGAACCGUUUAUCCGGGGAAGUAUUGCAUUUCGCAGCUCAGACAAAGAGGAGUGCUACAUGGGCGAGCCCAUGACGCUCGCCAAAGACCUCUGGAAGCAGGGUAGGGGCCAGAUCCUCGCCGUGCCUUCUGUGAAUACUGGAUACGAAUACGACCAAGCGCGGGAUGCAAAAGGACGGCGCGGGUACGUCCACGAUAUUGUCAAUCACACUCAAUACAACACAGAGGCGGAGCUAGUGAAAUGGCAGAAGGCUCCUCCACCCAUGGUGAAAUGCAUGCCAGUGUUUGAACGGCAGUGGUGGACGACACCUGUUUGA